AUAUAAAGAAGGGUCGUCUAAGAUGCCCCUAGCUCAUCGGGCCAAAAAUAUUUUUGAUGGCAACUUUUCAGCUGAAAUUUAUCUUUAUUUUUAACAAACCAGUUAAAAUUAAAUAAUUGGAUAUUUAUUAAUCACAUUGCCUCACUGUUACAAAACCCUACUUUUUGUAAUAUUCCAUUGUAUUGAGAAAUCUAGCGAAAGAGAAGCAGCAGAAUGACAGAGGAGAGGCAAGCGUCGGUUUCCAGGAUGACGGAAAACUCGGAACAACUGCCAAUGAACACCACCACGAAAAGUGCAAAGAAGAGCAAAAAACUCAGCCUUAUCCCUCUCAUCUUCCUCAUCUACUUUGAAGUUGCUGGUGGCCCUUAUGGUGAAGAGCCUGCAGUGCAAUCUGCUGGCCCUCUCCUUGCUAUUCUUGGGUUUCUAGUAUUCCCUUUUAUUUGGAGUGUUCCAGAAGCGAUGAUCACUGCUGAAUUAUCCACCACUUUCCCUGGUAAUGGCGGUUUUAUUGUAUGGGCUGAUAGAGCUUUUGGACCCUUUUGGGGUUCAUUAAUGGGUACCUGGAAAUUCUUGAGCGGUGUCAUCAACAUUGCAUCUUUUCCUGUUCUUUGUAUUAGUUAUAUGGAGAAGCUUUUCCCAAUCUUCUCUUCUGGUCUUCCUAGAUACUUGGCUAUUUUGUUUUCUACAUUAUUGCUCUCUUUUUUGAACUACACUGGUCUGGCAAUUGUGGGUUACGUGGCCGUUGCUCUUGGCGUUGUUUCACUUGCACCGUUUAUUAUAAUGUCAGGCAUUGCUAUUCCCAAGAUUCGACCUCAUAGAUGGAUCAGUUUAGGGCAAAAGGGUGUGAAAAGAGAUUGGAAUUUGUACUUCAAUACCCUCUUUUGGAAUCUCAACUUUUGGGAUAAUGUGAGUACUUUGGUAGGGGAAGUUGAGAACCCAAAAAAGAAUUUCCCUAGAGCGCUUUUUUCAGCAGUUAUUUUAACUUGUUUGGCAUAUAUAAUCCCACUCUUGGCCGUUGUUGGAUCUGUAUCAGUGGAUCAAAGAGAAUGGGAAACAGGGUUUAUGGCCAACGCCGCAGAGAUGAUUUCAGGUAAAUGGUUGAAAAUUUGGAUUGAAAUUGGAGCUGUACUGUCAGCAAUUGGGCUAUUUGAGGCACAGUUAAGCAGCUGCUCUUUUCAGCUUUUGGGUAUGGCUGACUUAGCCUUUCUGCCCAAAUUCUUUGGUUUGAGGUCAAAAUGGUUCGACACACCAUGGGUAGGGAUACUAUUGGCAACUGCAUUUUCACUAGGUAUGUCCUACAUGAACUUCACAGUUAUAAUUUCUUCUGCUAAUUUCUUGUAUAGUUUAGGUAUGUUGUUGGAAUUUGCAUCUUUUAUUUGGUUGAGAAGGAAGUUUCCUUUGAUCAAAAGGCCAUAUAGAGUGCCAAUGAAGCUUCCAAGUUUGGUGAUCAUGUGCUUGAUUCCUUGUGUCUUUUUGGUGUUUGUAAUGGUUAUUGCAACCAAGGUUGUGCUUUACAUCAGUGCAUUGAUGACUGUGGGAGGAAUUGUAUGGUACUUCUUUAUCAAGUUAUGUAAAUCCAAAAAGUGGCUUAAAUUCAAUGAUUAUGUGGAAGAACCACUAGUGGAAUGACUGGUGAUUGCAGUAGAAAGGAAGUUUCGUUUCGUUUCUUUUCUUUUCUUUUGGUAAUAAUUGUCCCAAGGAAGUUACCUUGGGGAGAACCUUUCAUUAUAUAUCGAAAGACCAACUACAUGUCUUUUAUUUGA